AUGCCGUUUCUAUCAUCCGACAGCCCAACCACGCUUCAGCGCUCAUCAUUCCUUGAGGCUAUUCAGAAGCAUGAGCCGGCUUCACUUGCAGUACUGGAGAAUGACACAGGAGCAACCUUUUCUUACGGUACCCUGCUCAAGAGCAUUGCCCACGCUAAGGAACAGUUGUUGAGCCAAGUCGGCAGAACGGAUGUCUCUGGUGAAAGAAUUGCUUUCAUGGUGGAAAGCGGUUAUGAAUACGUCGUCACACUUUUGGCUAUUCUUGCCUCCAAUGCUAUUGCUCUACCACUGGCACCAGCUUUCCCCGCACCUGAGCUGCGAUAUAUCCUCGAAAACAGUCAAGCUCUUGUUCUUAUCUCAUCCUCCAAAUACGCCUCUAAAGCAAAGGAAGUCAUCAGCCAGGGCCUAGCAAACCCACCACGAUUCUACCAACUCGAUGGAACCGGCCAUGCCACCGCGGAAGAAAAGCAAAUCGAGCUUGCAGAGUUUUCGGAUUCUCAGCAGGGCGGCAUGAUGCUCUUUACUUCUGGAACAACUGCUAGACCAAAGGGCGUAGUGCUUACACAGGCCAAUCUCACCGCCCAAGCAUCUAGUCUUUUGGAAGCGUGGCGAUAUUCACCUAGCGACCGACUUUUGCACGUUUUGCCUCUUCACCACAUUCACGGCACAGUCAAUGCUCUUCUCACACCAAUCUUAGCCGGAAGCAGCAUUGAGUUCAUGUUUCCGUUCAACGUUGAUAAGGUCUGGAAGAGAUUGACAGCCCCCUUUCAGACAGCAGCAGGCGAGAAGGCGCAGGUCCCUAUCUCAUUCUUCACCGCAGUGCCAACCAUCUGGGCCCGUAUGCUUAAGUCGUACGAGUCACUGUCCCCAGAAAUGCAAAAGGCGGGCAAAGAAGCUAUCUCCCCUCGAAACCUACGCCUCAACUUUUCUGGAUCAGCUGCUCUACCUAAGCCAAUUCGCGAUGGGUGGAUCCAACUCUCCGACGGCAACAUUCUUCUCGAACGUUAUGGAAUGACAGAAGUCGGGAUGGCCUUGUCUUGUGGUCUCGCCGAUAUUGACCGCGUAGACGGUUCUGUUGGCUGGCCUCUUCCUUCCGUUGAGGCGCGUUUAAUGGAGACUGACGACGAUACUGGUGUUCAGACUGUCGUUCAGCCAGGAGAUGAGAUCGAUCCUGCUACUGGAAAGGAACGUAUCGGAGAGAUCCAACUGCGCGGACCCACCAUCUUCACCGGCUACUGGCGCAACCCUGAAGCCACAGCCAAAGAGUUUACUACCGAUGGAUGGUUCAAGACUGGUGAUAUCGCCAUUCGCCGAACUGUUCCAGGUUCUGGCAAGGGCGAGUCGGGCUCUUGGGCUCGAGGACCAGCAUACUUCAUCCAGGGCCGCCGAAGCGCAGAUAUCAUCAAGACAGGUGGCGAAAAGGUGUCAGCCCUCGAAGUGGAGCGAGAAAUUCUGUCUCUAGACGAGAUUGAUGAGUGCGCCGUUGUUGGACUUCCUUCAGAAUCCUGGGGUCAGAAAGUUGCGGCAGUAGUUGUCCUAUCACAGAAGGGCGAGGAGAGGAUGGCGUUGCCACAAUUGCGAGCUGCUCUGAAGCCCAGAAUCACAGCGUACAAGAUUCCUCAGGAUUUGGAGAUUGUUGAGAUGUUGCCGAGAAAUGCUAUGGGAAAGAUUAAUAAGAAGGAGUUAAUUAACAGCGUGUUUGGACCAGUUGAGAAGAUUAGAAGGCGAAGUAUUGAUUUAGGAGCCAGACGAUAG